AUGAUGAUGUCCCAGCAUGCUGUGGAGCUCUGUACGCUCCUCAUCGAGGAUCACUUUGGAGAGCUGUUCGCACGCAUCUUCUCGACUCUCCAACGUUAUGAACGGCUUUCUCUUCCUCGACUAAAAUUCUAUUCUCGCCUGACUGACCGUCAGCUCCGCCAUGGCCUGACAGCCAUGAUACAGCACCAUCUCAUCUACUAUUUCACUUCUCUUGAAGAUAACAAUACCUACUACGAAUCAAAUCCCCAUGCCGCAUACUACCUCGUGCGCUCGGGAAAGAUUCUUCACUUGGUCGAAGAUCGGUUGGGUGAAUAUGCGGCCCGGGUCAUGGAAGCAAUCCUAUUCCUUGGUCAUGCCUCUGUCAGCCACCUCGAAACCCUUCCCGAGCUUCAAUCAUUAUCGUCCAUAGUUCCAAAUGGACAAACAAAUGGCAACGAAGAACCGGAGGAGGAUGAUAUGGACGUUGAAGAACAAUCCGGCAGAACCAACGGAGAUCACUCUCCUGAAAAAAAGCCCGCUCCUUUCCAUGCUACCCUCAGAGCUCUCGCAUCUCAUGGAUACUUGAUGCGUGUUCGUGACGCUCACUUCCAGAGUCCCUCUGAUAAUCUACUUGAGGCACAACGCACCGUAUCUGCCCGUUCAGAUAUAAAGGCAUUAAAGGGGAAGAGGCAGCAAGAGACAGUCGCACUUGAGAUCCAGGAACUGGUACAUAAUCGGACACACGCCGACCUUUCUCAGGGGCUCAUGGUUGAUGGUCUUCCUCGAGGCGUCAAAAGGAAGUUUGGACGGAAUGACCAAAUGCCAGAGAACGGAGUAAAUGGGCAUCAAAUGACAGAGGACCACUGGUCAGAAGAUGAGGACGAAUUCGACAACACCCCCAUGGAGUCCGGAUUGGUCGUGCGGGUCAACUAUGAAAAGUUGGAUGUGGCGUUGCGAAACGCUAGGUUUGUCACUCUUGCUGAGCAGGAUGCACCUCCGGCGACUGCACAGGUAUAUGACGCCCUCCUUCGUCGUAUUGAAUAUGUCACGCUUCGCUGCCGAGAUUCCGAUGAGAUCCCACGUGAGCGCGAAGAGGGAGAGCAGUGGACUGUACCCAUCGAUGCAGAGAAGAUAGUAGGGGAUAUUGAUCCUUAUCUGGACCUUUCAGGGGCCUUUGCCCCGCUAGACUCAUCUUCGCAGUCGGUAAAUCGACGCGGAAAACGGCCUCUGGAAAAUGGGGUCAACGGUGACCAUGAGGGCUCUGACAACGAUGAGUCCAGUGGUCCCAAUCGAGCCUGGGAGAUCAACCAACACCUUCAACUUCUUUCACAACCCCCUCAUAGUCUCACAUCGUGCGUGGAGCUGUAUGGCGUCCCCAAGUGGCGGGUAGGGUUCCGUGGCUUGGCCCGCAAAUUACGGCACCUGGAACUGGAACGAAUGAUUGAAUCUAGGUAUGGCGACGUUGCCAUCCGUGUGAUCCGUGUGCUCCAUGCCAAGGGCAAAUUAGAUGAGAAGCGACUUCAAGAAAUCAGUCUUCUUCCAUUCAAGGAUCUGCGACAAACACUUUCUAGCAUGCAGUCUGGUGGAUUUGUGGAUUUACAGGAAGUGCCCAAGGACGCACAACGCCAGCCUUCCAAGACUAUUUUCUUAUGGUACUAUGAUCCGGACCGUGUCUGCAGCAGUAUCUUGGAGGACACAUACAAGGCCAUGUCGAGAACCUUGCAGCGCAUCAAAGUCGAGCGAGGCCGACUCAAGGAUUUCCUCGAGAAGACCGAGCGUAGCGAUGUUAAGGGCCACGAGGAAGAGUACCUUACUGAAGAGGAGUUGGAACUAUUACAGCGCUGGAAAGACAAGGAAGCUCUCUUACUUGCCGAAGUGGCUCGCCUGGAUGAUAUGGUGGCUGUGUUCCGCGAUUAUUGA